AUGGGGCGAGACACUAUGUCCAUCCUUGACUCGAUCCAGCCAAGCGAGUUCGCCACCGAGGCCGACCGCUUCGCUGCCAAAGAAGCCGCUCGACGCCUCCUCUCUCGUCUGGAAACUCCUUUUGAGCAAGCUUGGGCCAUCACGUUCGAAAAUUCGGGCUUGAUCUCCGGUCUUCAGUUCAUCCAGGACCUUGGCAUCUGGACGAAAUGGACAGAGGCUGACAAGCAGAGCCCAGGGACAGCCAGGACCCUGGAUGAGCUGCUAGGUUGGGCCAACGCAAGCUGCGAGCCGAACCUUUUACGCCGGUUUCUCAGGCAAAUUGCCGCUCUAUACUACAUUGAUGAAGUUGGCGUCGAUACCUGGAAGCCCACCCCUUUCUCUUUAGCCUUGGGGCAUAAGGAAACAUACGGCGGCGAUGUGAUCAAGGCAGGAAUGGACCAUGCCAUGCCCUGUGGGAAUAACCUACCACGCUUCUUGGCCAAGAACGCAUAUAAAGAACCGCUCGACAUCGCCACGUUUGACAACUACCGCGAUGUCUUCGGCCGCGACUUCUUCGCCUAUGUCCAGGACCAUCCAGAGGCUGGAGGUUCGUUCCAGGGUGUCAUGGCCGCACUAACGCAUUACAAGAUGGUCUGGACCGAUGUUUAUGACACGACGCCCCUCGUAGCCGGCGCCGACUUGAGCAAGCCUCUCUUUGUCGACGUCGGCGGCGCCCAAGGCCUCGACACACAGCGUCUGCUGAGCCGCCAUCCCGACCUUCCCGCCGACGUCCUCUUCGUCGAGGACCUGCCUGAAGUAGUCACCACCCAUGGGAAGGAGAAGCUUGACGAUCGCAUUCGCAAGCUUGCCCAUGACUUUUUCCAGCCUCAGCCCAUCGUCGGCGCGCGGGCCUACUUCUUCCACGCGGUGCCGCAUGACUGGCCUGAUGCGGACGUGGCGCGCAUGUUUGCCGAGGUGAAGAAGGUCAUGACGCCGGGAUAUUCGAAGCUGUUGGUCUACGAGGUCAUCAUGCCUGCGCAGGGAGCGUCACACUUGGCGGCGACGCUGGAUCUGGCCCUGAUGAGCUGCACAAGUGGUCUGGAGAGGACCGAAGAGGCUUGGAGGAGAUUGUUGAAGGAAUGCGGGUUUAAGAUCGUGAGCAUCUCCAGGCAUCCGAGGGCCCUGGAGAGUGUUAUCGAGGCUGAGAUGGAAUGA